AUGCGCGGCAAAAUCAUCCUCGAAGAGCACGUCUGUCUGCCGGAGGAAGCAGAAGUCGAAAGCAGCAAGUUUGCGUCAAGCAAUGCGCAGGAUCUCGGCCGCGCUCUUCUCGACCUGCACCAGGAUCGUCUACAGGAGAUGAACGCCAACGGAGUCGAAUUCGCCAUCAUUUCACAGAACACGCCCGGUCCUCAAGGCCUCACAGAUCCUAAUGAAGCAGCCAGCUAUGCGACUCGAUCCAAUGACUAUGUGUCUGAGCUAGUCGAUCAGGCUCCGGAGAGAUUUGCAGCAUUUGCCGUUGUAUCGAUGCACACCACCGAAGCCGCUGUUGUCGAAUUGAAGAGGGCAGUCGAACGACUAGGAAUGGUUGGUGUCCUGCUACAUGAUUCCCAACUCUACCUCGACGACAAAGGCCAGCUCAGAGAGUAUCAUUACGAUGACCCUCGAUAUGAUGAAUUCUGGGCCGCGGUGGAACAAUUAUCCGUGCCUGUCUAUCUUCAUCCAAAGUCGCCCUUACCUGAUGAGAUCUCGAGGCUAUACAGUGCUCGUCCAUGGCUCCUCGGCCCAGUCUACAGUUAUGCUAGAGACACGAGUUUCCAUGCGCUAGCCAUUAUUACCAGUGGUAUCUUCGAUAAGUAUCCAGGAGUGAAGCUUGUGCUAGGCCACCUCGGUGAAAUGCUUCUAGCACAUCUUGGACGUAUCGACCACUGGCUCGAGAAGAGAAAUCGCGGCAAAGACCUCCCAAGCCAGAAAACUGUACGAGAAUAUCUAGAGAACAACGUAUAUGUGACGACAGCGGGUCACUUCUCUACCCCAGCGCUUGUUCACGCGAUGACGGAAAUUGGGAUAGAUAGGAUUCUGUUCUCAGUAGAUACACCGUUCGAGAAUAUCACAGAAGGGUCGACUUGGGUAGAUACAUUGCCCAUCAGUCAUGGAGAUGUGACGAAGAUUGGGCGGACAAAUGCGCUUGCGCUUUUCCCUCGCCUGGCGAAGCGUUUGAGGUCCGAUGAGGUUGAGAAGCUUCAACAGGAUCGGCAGCGAGUGUUAUUCACGAAGAAUGCUGGGUUCUGGUGA